AUGGCAUCAAACAUUUUAUUUGAAGAUCGUUUUGUUAUAAGUAGUGUAGAUAAUUCAAAAUUUGAAAAAGUGAGCAGAAUUAAAGCAAAAAGUACAGGUUAUGAUGCAGAGUUAAUACUUGAUGUUCAUUCUGAAUUGUUCAGGGUUGAAGAAAAAAAGGCUAUUUAUUUAGCUCUUCAAGAUAAAUUGUUAAAUAGAAAUGAUGAAAAGAGUUGGGAACAAAAUGAAAAUGUUCCAUUAAAUAAUAUUGAAUAUAUUAUGAGUGGAAGAAUUUUUAAAUUUGAAGAAUUAUCAUCUGAAAGAAGGACUGUAUAUGCUUCCUUCGGUGGAUUAAUGAUGGCAUUGACUACUGAUAAACAAUUUAUUGGAGAUUUGGAAAUCGAUAUGAAAAUAUAUUUACUAACCAAAAAUAUAGAUAUUGAAAGAACAAGAGAAUAA